CAGGCGGGUUUCACUCCACUGUCAGGACAACUUCCAGACACUUUUCCUGCAACAGGAGAGAAAUUGCAAGAGAUCCAAGUGGAUCCCCGAGAGGCCAUUGAGGGGAAUAUCUCAGGGUUGAGACCAGGACCAGAAGGGAAUCCAGGGAGCACUGCUGGCUUUGACUGCAGCCCCCAUCAUCCUGUGGAACAGAGGUGCCUUUGAGGGAUCCGCAGGAUGGAGACCCAGCCGCAGGAGAUGGAGCUUCUCAGCAACAGCAUUGCGGCCUAUGCGCACAUACGAGACCACCCUGAGAGCUUCGGCCUCUACUUCGUCCUGGGCGUCUGCUUCGGCCUGGUCUUGACCCUCUGCCUGCUGGUUAUCCACAUCUCCUGGCAGCCCCAGGCCCUCCCUCCCAGGCCCAGGAAGAAGCGGCUGCGGGACUUAAGCGAGGAAGAGGAGGAGGAAGACGAUGAGGAGGAAGAAGACGAGGAGGAGGAGGAGGACGCCGUUGACGCCGAGUCCUCCGAACCGGUGCUGGCCUUGACGGAGCUUCCCUCGGAGACCCAGGCAACCCCUCCAGACGGGACGACCGUCAACGUCUUCGCUUCGGCCGAGGAGCUGGAAAGGGCCCAGCGGUUGGAGGAGCGGGAGCGGAUCCUGAGGGAGAUCUGGCGCAAUGGGCAGCCGGACAUCCUGGGCUCCGGCACCGGCACCCUUGGCAGGGUCCACUACUAUUGACCUCCGACGGACAAAUGUCUAGGCGGGCAGGUGGCUGCACAGCAUCCCUUUCUUUACUUCGGUUUUGGGGUACGGUUUGUGCCCACCUUCUAAACAUUGGUCUAGUAACAACUCAAGGGUCACUGAUUCUAUGGGAAGUCAAAGCCAAGGAUAUCUGUUUACAUAUUUGAAAGUCUGUCGGAAGGAAGAGGGAACAAACAGGCUUGUUUUCUGCUGCCCUGGAGACUAGAACUCAGUGGAGCGAUGGGUUCAAAUGACACCUGAACAUUAGGAAGAACUUCUUGGAGCUGUUCAACAGUGGAACUGGAGCCUCCGGUGGCCUAGGGGAUAAAAGCCUUGUGACUUGAAGGUUGGGUUGCUGACCUGAAAGCUGCCAGGUUCGAAUCCCGCCCAGGGAGAGCAUGGAUGAGCUCCCUCUAUCAGCUCCAGCUCUAUGCAGGGAAAUGAGAGAAGCCUGCCACAAGGAUGGUAAAACAUCAAAACAUCCGGGUGUCCCCUGGGCAACGUCCUUGCAGACAGCCAAUUCUCUCACUCCAGAAGCGACUCCGGUUGCUCCUGACAUGGAAAAAACCCCCAGAAAAACAGUGGAACUCUAUGCUUCAGAAUCUGUUGGAGGCUCCUUAUUUGGAGGCUUUUAAACAAAGGCUAUGGAGCCUGCGGUGGCAUAGUGGAUUAAAGCCUCAUGACUUGAAGGUUGGGUUGCUGACCUGAAGGCUGCCAGGUUCGAAUCCCACCCGGGGAGAGCACGGAUAAGCUCCCUCUAUCAGCUCCAGCUCCAUGCAGGGACAUGAGAGAAGCCUCCCACAAGUAUGGUAAAAACAUCAAAACAUCCGGGCGUCCCCUGGGCAAUAUCCUUGCAGACAGCCAAUUCUCUCACUCCAGAAGCAACUCCUGACACGGAAAAAAAAAAACAGUGGAACUCUCUGCUUCGGAAUCUGUUGAAGGCUCCUUAUUUGGAGGCUUUUAAACAAAGGCUAUAUGGCCAUCUAUUGGGGUGCUUUUCGAUCCCUCUCCAGUAUUCACUUUGGCAACCCAGUUCCCAGAUGUCUUCUCUUUGCAAGCACAUCUCAGCCAGGAAAGGCAUGGCUGGAAUUCCAAAGGAUUGUGCUUUUCCUGCAUGGAAGAAAGAGGUUGGACUGGAUGGCCCUUGGGCUUCCUUCCAACUCUAGAAGCCUUUGAUUCUACAGCCUUAUUUCUCCAUGAGCCUGAGGCUGGAUGGCCAUCUAUUGGGAGGGCUUGCAUGGUGCUUUUCCUGCCUGGUAGAAAGGGGUUGGACUGGAUGGCCCCUUGGGGUCUCUUCCAACUCUGUUAUUCUAUGAUUCAGUGAUUAUACUUGCCACAAUAGACACAAUGCCCAAGCAGCAAAAGGCUCAAUGAUAUUCAAACUUAUUAAGUGACCAAGUUGAAACUCUUGGAGAGCGGGCAGCCAAUUGAAGAGCGGUGCCAAGCGAUGCUUCCUUGACACCUUGCAAGGAAAUCGAGCUGUGACCCCCCAACUGCUUUCUGGACCACGAAAUACAUUGGGAUCCUGGGCAAAGCAAGUGGGCAGUUGGCAGACUUGACCCGUGGCCAUACGUUUUGGACCUUAAGUGGCUUUCCUUGGAGGACUCUGUGCCCAAAUGCCACCUAUUUGGGGAAGGGGUUUAUUAGAAGGGGAAUGCCCUUUUUAUAUAUAUAUUUUUAUAUAUAUUUCUCAUUGCUUCAGGUAUCUUGUGGUUUACACCAGGAAAAAUAAUAAUCCAUUGUGUAUAAGUGUGCCUUAUCCUUUUAUACGUGCAUAUAAAAACAGAGUCAUUCAA